UGCAGGCUCGGGUUUAAGCGGAGGGGGAAGGGAGCGGGCUGCGGUAUUCACCUGCUUAGCGGGUUGGCUUCCGCCUCUUCCCCGCAGACGGACUUUCGCCCUGGGAUUUUCUCCCCUCCCUGUCGCUAGAGAGGCAGCCGGAGCCAUGGACGGCCUCGCAGCUCCGCAGGGAGGCCUCUCGGUGUCCCAGCAGGUCCGCGCGAUGUUCUAUGUCCUGCAGCCCAAUGAAAGCUCCUUCGCCAGCCUCGAGGAGGUGCCCGAUUAUGUGAAUAAGGCUACGCCGCUUUUCGUUGUCUUGAUGCUGUUGGAGUUUGUUGUCAGUUGGGUUUGGAGGCAUCAGGCACCAGGGCGGAUCAAUGAUAGCAUAACUUCUCUCUCUGCAGGAGUCCUGUCUCGACUUCCAGAUGUUGUGUCCAGAAGCCUCGAAUUAACUACCUACAUCUAUGUGUGGGAUAACUACAGACUCUUUGAACUGCUGUGGGACUCACCAUGGACAUGGUAUUUGACAUUCCUAGGAGUAGACUUUGGAUACUACUGGUUCCAUCGCAUGGCCCAUGAGGUUAAUAUAUUGUGGGCAGCACACCAAGUACAUCAUAGUUCUGAAGCUUAUAACUUAUCCACAGCACUGAGACAAUCUGUACUGCAGAGAUACGCUUCUUGGGUUUUCUACUUGCCUAUGGCUCUUUUUAUUCCUCCAUCAGUAUAUGCUGUUCAUCUCCAGUUUAAUCUCCUUUACCAGUUUUGGAUACAUACAGAGGUAGUUAACACCCUUGGACCUCUGGAGCUGAUUCUUAAUACUCCCAGUCACCACAGAGUUCACCAUGGCAGAAAUCCUUACUGCAUUGACAAAAAUUAUGGUGGUACCCUCAUUAUUUGGGACAGAAUUUUUGGAACAUUUGUGGCAGAAGAUGAUAAAGUUAUAUAUGGCCUAACACACCCAAUAAAUACAUUUGAACCUUUCAAGGUCCAGUUAUGUCACUUGGCUUAUAUAUGGAGCACAUUUUGGGCCACACCUGGAUUUAGUAAUAAACUCUCUGUAAUAUUCAAAGGCCCAGGUUGGGGACCAGGAAAACCUAGACUCGGCCUUCCUGAGGAAAUCCCAGUGAUCACUGGAAAAGAGGUUCCAUUCAAUCCCAAAUUGCCAAUAUAUCUUUCUGUCUAUGCAGUAGUACAUUUUGCCUUGAUGCUGGGCUUUUAUGUGGACUUGUUUGAGACCCAGGCUACAUUAUCACAGGUAACUCUUCUCCUGAGGAUUGGCUACAUUAUCCUGACAUUGACCUCCAUUGGAUUCCUUUUGGAGCAAAGGCCCAAAGCAGCUAGUUUGGAAGUUGUCCGCUGCUCAGUCUUUCUAGCUCUGCACAAACUUAGUUACCUGAAAAUAUACAUUGCUUCCUUGGCAUUUACUUAUGAGAAUGUAGUGGCUAAUUCUAUCCCAGAGUUCAUAAGUCUAUGGUGCUCAUUGGACCAGUUCUGUGGCAGAUUCUGUUUGCCAUGCACUAUCCUGAAUCAUUUGAAAUGUGCUUGGGUAAGUAUAAACCUUAUUCAUAUUUAUUCUCUUGUAGUCAGAUACGCAUUACACAAAAACUAUGAGUUUCUGCCUGAAAUGUGUCAGAUUCGUGAGAUUUUAGAGCGGUCAAGAGGUGGAUCACAAACUGGAACAAGUAUCAAUUCCUCAUUGCCAGAUUGUUCUCUUCUGCUUUAUCAUUACAACUUCAUGUUUGUUGUCCUUUAUAUAUAUAUCCUUUAUGACUUAACACACAUCCCCACACCCAGGCUCCCCUUAUGCCCUUGUUAGAGACUGAUUGUGUCUUGUAGGCAUAGACAUGUGCUGGGGUGGUGCAGAACCAUUCUGCCUCAGAGAUAGACUAGAUGGUCACUUACUGGCAUGCACUUUGCCUUCUGGCAUUCUCAAGUGUGCAGUAGGUGAACGCAACUUCUGGGUGAUCAACCAGCU